AUGACGUCGUCCAGACCUCGCGAGGUGUUGUUGUUUGGGCUAUCGGCGAACCCACCAACAGGUCUAAAGGGUCAUAUGGGUGUCGUAAAGCAUUGUCGCUUCUUUUAUGAUGAAAUUUGGCUCUUACCCGUGUACCAACACAUUUAUUCGAGCAAGAGACAGCUCGCACCGUUUAAACAUCGCGUCGAGAUGUGUCGCUUGGCUCUAGAGACGCUUCAAAGCAAAGAAAAUGAUGGUGCAGAGCUUAAAGUGGUAGAGGAAGAGCGGGAGAUGACCGAGAACUUUGCUGCUAAGAACCAGAGUCCACAAGAGCUUCGUCUUGGUAGUAUCGACCUUGUACAGUACCUCCUAGAUAAGUAUCCGGAUAUGAGCUUUACGAUGCUAUUGGGUGGAGACACAUACGCGGAUUUAUUGGCUGGUAAAUGGAAAAGGGGAGAUGAACUCAUGCAAUAUGUCAAAGUCUUGGUGGUUGAUCGAAAAGGGGUCGAGUCGCCAUGGAGAGUUGAAAAGGAGAAGAAGGAAGGUCAAGAGGAUAGAGUGCAGUACAUUCACAUACCAGAGCUCAGUGACGUGUCAUCGACGAUCGUGAGAGCUACUGCAGAUCAAAAGGAGCUUGGAUUAUACUUGGAUCCAGCAGUGUUGGACUAUAUUGUACAGCAUCAGCUCUACGCGUUUGCAACGGUGUCAGACUAA